CCCCCUUACAGCACACACACCUACCAAACCCGGCCCCGGUGAAGGGCACCCCCUCCCCUGGCGUUGGCGGGGGUCCCAUUCGCUGCACCUCUGCGCCUGGGCCAGGCGAAGCCGCGGGCCCGGCCAGAGUCCUCAGCUCAGCGUUGGGCCUGGGGGCUCGGAAGAAACCCGCACAGGAAGAGGGCCACCGCAGGAACUUUGGAGCCCUAGGACCAUGGAUGCUCUCAACAGGAACCAGGGAGGCCCUGGAGGCAAGACCCAGGCAGUGGUGCAGAAAGGACCCUUGGACUUGAUUGACACAGGCAAAGGGCUGAAGGUACAGACGGACAAACCGCAUCUGGUGAGCCUGGGCAGCGGGCGCCUCAGCACGGCUGUCACCCUCCUGCCGCUGGAGGAAGGGAGGACAGUCAUUGGUUCGGCAGCCCGAGACAUCUCAUUGCAGGGCCCAGGCCUGGCUCCAGAACACUGCUACAUCGAGAACCUUCAGGGCACCCUCACCCUUUACCCCUGUGGCAAUGCCUGCAGUAUUGAUGGGCUCCCUGUCCGCCAGCCCACCCGGCUCACUCAGGGCUGCAUGUUGUGCCUGGGUCAGUCCACUUUCCUUCGCUUUAACCACCCCGCUGAAGCCAAGUGGAUGAAGAGCAUGAUUCCGGCAGGGGGCUUGGCCCCUGGGCCUCCCUACAGCCCUGGUCCUGCGGAAUCAGAAAGCCUGGUGAAUGGGAACCACACCCCGCAGCCUUCCGGCCGGGGACCUGCAGCCUGUGCCAGCCACAGUUCCCUGGUGAGCUCUAUUGAGAAGGACCUGCAAGAAAUCAUGGACUCGCUGGUGCUAGAAGAGCCCGGAGCUGCCGCUGGCAAGAAGCCUGCUGCCACAUCCCCAUUGUCACCGCUGGCUAACGGAGGGCGCUACCUGCUCUCCCCGCCCACCAGCCCGGGGGCCAUGUCUGUGGGCUCCAGCUAUGAGAACACCUCUCCAGCCUUCUCUCCACUCUCCUCACCAGCCAGCAGCGGAAGCUGUGCCAGCCAUUCCCCGAGUGGGCAGGAGCCAGGGCCUUCUGUGCCCCCGUUGGUGCCUGCUCGUUCCUCCAGCUACCACCUGGCUCUGCAGCCCCCGCAGCCCCGGCCCAGUGGCUCCCGCUCCUCCGAAAGCCCCCGGCUGGGCAGGAAGGGGAGUCAUCCUGAGAGGCCCCCCAGCCCUGGCCUCCGGGGUCUGCUGACUGACAGCCCGGCCGCCACGGUCUUGGCAGAGGCCCGCAGAGCCACUGAGAACCCCCGGCUGGGUGGGCAGCUGCCUGUGGUGGCCAUCAGCCUGAGUGAAUACCCGGCUUCCGGUGGCCGCAGCCAAGGCACCGGUAUUCCUGGCAGCCCCAAGUUCCAGCCCCCAGUGCCGGCUCCCCGCAGCAAGAUGGGCACGCUCCAGGACCGCCCCCCCAGUCCUUUCCGUGAGCCCCCAGGCUCUGAGCGAGGCCUGCCAGCCAGCCCUUCGCGCCCGCUGGUGGGGCGAACAUUUUCGGAUGGGUCAGCCACACGCAGCCUGCAGCCUCCCGAGAGCCCGCGCCUGGGCCGCCGGGGCCUGGACAGCAUGCGGGAGCUCCCUCCUUUAAGCCCCUCUCUGUCCCGGCGUGCGCUCUCACCACUUCCCACCCGGACUACAGCCCCGGACCCCAAGCUAACAAGGGAAGUGGCUGAGAGCCCCCGGCCCCGGCGCUGGGCAGCCCAAGGUCCAUCACUGGAGGACUUCUCCCUGACACUGGGUUCCCGAGGGCGGAGGACACGGAGUCCCUCACCUACCCUGGGGGAGUCCCUGGCACCCCGAAAGGGCAGCUUCAGUGGCAGACUGAGCCCGGCCUACAGCCUGGGCUCUCUCACCGGGGCCUCCCCCCGCCAGAGUCCUCGGGCACAGAGGAAGCUGUCCAGCGGGGACUUGCGGGUGCCCAUCACACGGGAGCGGAAGAACAGCAUCACGGAGAUCAGCGACAAUGAGGACGACCUCCUGGAGUACCACCGGCGGCAGCGCCAAGAGCGCCUGCGGGAGCAGGAGAUGGAGAGGCUGGAACGCCAGCGCCUGGAGACCAUCCUGAAUUUGUGUGCUGAGUAUAGCCGGGCUGACGGGGGACCUGAGGCCGGGGAGCUGCCCAGCAUUGGGGAGGCCACGGCAGCCCUGGCACUGGCCAGCCGGAGGCCCUCCCGAGGCCUUGCGGGGGCCAUGGCGACCUCUGGACGGAGCACGGAGGAACCUGGAACCAGUAGCCAACGCCUGUGGGACAGCGUGGACCGCUCUGACGAGGAGAAUCUUAAGGAGGAAUGCAGUAGCACGGAGAGCACCCAGCAGGAGCACGAAGAUGCACCUGGUACUAAGCUCCAGGGAGACAUGCUGGCCCUGGAGGAGGAGCGGGCACAGGUGCUGGGGCGUGUGGAGCAGCUCAAGGUACGCGUGAAGGAGUUGGAGCAGCAGCUGCAGGAGUCAGCCCGUGAGGCGGAAAUGGAGCGGGCUCUACUGCAGGGGGAGAGGGAGGCAGAGCGGACGCUGCUGCAGAAGGAGCAGAAGGCGGUGGAGCAGCUGCAGGAGAAGCUGGUGGCCCUAGAAACGGGCAUCCAGAAGGAGAGGGAUAAGGAGGCGGAGGCCCUAGAGACGGAGACCAAACUCUUUGAGGACCUGGAGUUCCAACAGCUAGAGCGGGAAAGUCGCGUGGAAGAGGAGCGUGAGCUGGCAGGCCAGGGACUGCUGCGCAGCAAGGCUGAGCUGCUCCGCAGUGUGGCCAAGAGGAAGGAGCGCCUGGCAGUGCUUGACAGUCAGGCUGGGCAGAUCCGGGCCCAGGCCGUGCAGGAGUCAGAGCGCCUGGCCCGUGACAAGAAUGCAUCCCUGCAGCUGCUGCAGAAGGAGAAGGAGAGGCUGGCCAUGCUAGAGAGGAGAUACCACGCACUGACCGGGGGCAGGCCUUUCCCGAAAACCACCUCCACCCUCAAAGAGAUGGAGAAGUUGCUGCUCCCUGCCAUAGACUUAGAGCAGUGGUACCAGGAGCUGAUGGCCGGGCUGGGGACUGGCCCUGCUGUGGCCUCCCCUCGCUCUUCUCCCCCGCCUCUGCCCGCCAAAGCUUCCCGUCAGCUGCAGGUUUACCGCUCUAAGAUGGAUGGGGAGGCCACCAGUCCCCUGCCCCGGACUCGUAGCGGCCCCCUGCCUUCCUCUUCUGGCUCUUCUUCCUCUUCCUCCCAGCUCAGCGUGGCUACCCUGGGCCGCAGUCCUUCCCCAAAGAGCGCCCUCCUGGCCCAGAAUGGCACGGGCAGCCUUCCUCGCAACCUGGCCGCCACAUUGCAGGACAUCGAAACCAAGCGCCAGCUGGCUCUGCAGCAGAAGGGGCAGCAAGUGAUUGAGGAACAGCGGCGGCGACUGGCCGAGCUGAAGCAGAAGGCGGCGGCUGAGGCACAGUGCCAGUGGGAUGCCCUGCAUGGGGCAGUGUCCCUCCCCCCGCUCAUGCACCAUUCCAUCCUGCAUCACCUGCCAGCCGGGCGGGAGCGCGGGGAGGAGGGCGAGCUCGCUUACGACACACUGAGCCUGGAGAGCUCAGACAGCCUGGAGACCAGCAUCUCCACCGGGGGCAACUCGGCCUGCUCCCCCGACAAUGUGUCCAGUGCCAGCGGUCUGGACAUGGGAAAGAUCGAGGAGAUGGAGAAGAUGUUAAAAGAGGCCCAUGCCGAGAAGAGCCGGCUCAUGGAGUCCAGGGAGCGGGAGAUGGAGCUGAGGCGGCAGGCCCUGGAGGAGGAGCGUCGGCGGCGGGAGCAAGUGGAACGGAGGCUCCAGAGCGAGAGUGCCAGGAGGCAGCAGUUGGUGGAGAAGGAGGUCAAGAUGCGGGAGAAGCAGUUUUCCCAGGCUCGGCCCCUGACCCGCUAUCUGCCCAUCCGGAAGGAGGACUUUGACCUGAAGACCCACAUUGAGUCAUCAGGCCACGGCGUGGACACCUGUCUGCACGUGGUACUCAGCAGCAAGGUCUGCCGUGGCUACUUGGUCAAGAUGGGCGGCAAGAUUAAGUCAUGGAAGAAGCGCUGGUUUGUCUUUGACAGGCUGAAGCGCACGCUGUCCUACUAUGUGGACAAGCAUGAGACGAAGCUGAAGGGCGUCAUCUACUUCCAGGCCAUCGAGGAGGUGUACUAUGACCACCUGCGCAGUGCAGCCAAGAAGAGGUUUUUCCACUUCACUAUGGUGACUGAGAGCCCCAACCCGGCCCUCACCUUUUGUGUGAAGACCCAUGACCGGCUCUACUACAUGGUGGCCCCGUCGGCGGAGGCCAUGCGCAUCUGGAUGGACGUCAUUGUCACAGGGGCCGAGGGCUACACUCAGUUCAUGAACUGACUACUGCUGGCUUCUUGGACCCUGCCCCUGGCUGCCUACUGGGCAGGGUGCCGUGAGCAGCUGGGUGCGAGA